GGGAUCAAUGGUCCAGCAGAUGUUGUUGACUACACUGGUAGAACUGUAAUGCUUACAUGUUCGACAGAAGAAGCCAGCGACAUUUGGUGGGAGAAGAACAAUGUGAAAAUAGAAAAAGGAGGAAAAUUUCAUAUAUUUCAGAAUAAAACUCUUUACCACCUUCGGAUUUCUAUAGUAGAGGAACAGGACUCCGGUAUGUACACGUGCGUUGCCAAUUAUACAACGGGCUGUACGGAAAGACGAAAUGCAACGCUCACAAUACAUAACUGGGGAAAGCACGAGAUAUACUGUGGCAAAUCGUACCCUGAUCAGAUAAAUGAAGAAAGGGCUUCAAUACUCAUUGCGAUGGGUUCAGAUGCCUUGCCAAACGAGAACCCGUGGCACGUCAGUUUAUUUAUUAAGGAUGAUAAAUAUCCUUUUUGUGGCGGGUCACUUAUAUCCCAGCGAUUCGUAGUGACAGCAGCACAUUGCAUAACCGAUAAAGGGACGGAGGAAAAGUUUAAGGCAUCCGUUGUGAUUGAAUUCGCCAUCCAGAACUGUACUACAAGUGGACUUAGACGUGGUGUAAAAUCAGUCAUUAUUCACCCUAACUACAACAAGACAGCACAGUUUGACAGCGAUAUAGGCCUUCUUGAACUAAGUGACCCGGUAACAUAUUCUCUCCACAUUCGGCCUAUUUGUGUACAAGAAUAUUUAAAAACCUCAAUACUAAUGAUUGGAGCUAGUCGUUCGCAAGGAAAAGCAGUUGGGUGUGGAAUAGUCCAGGAACGUGGCUCUCGGCCAUCGAUACUUCAGGAAAUACUGCUGCCCUACGUACGAAGAGAUGACUGUGAGGACGAUUUAAAGCCAACGAUCUACAAUUUCACCAAUAACAUGAUAUGUGCAGGUUAUAAGAAACGAGUUGGUGACGUUUGCAAUGGCGACAGCGGUGGCGGUUUCAUGAUGGAACUUCCAGGGGGAUUUAAGUGGGUGCUUGCGGGUAUUGUCUCGUUUGGGUUCAAGUGUAACAAUCCUUAUCAUUACUCAUAUUUCACCAACGUGGGAAUGUUCUACGACUGGAUUGAUAGCAUUGCCAAAUUUACCGAUGAAAAUAUCAAACUCGACUUUCUUACAACUACGAGUAGUGAACAAGAUCCUGAGAGUAGUAUCAUGCGCGUUACCAUGGGAAGUAACUUAACAUCCGCAAAAACAACGGCUCCAACGCAGUCACCCGUCGCUCAAGAUAACGCCGUAUGCGGACAUGUGUGUCGGAAUGGGGGCUCUUGUAUAGCACAUGACCGGUGUGCAUGUCCAUUGGGAUUCAAAGGACCUUACUGCGAAUUAUAUUGCAUAUCCGGCAAAGCUGACGUUGUUUUCGUGGUUGACGAGUCGUCGUCCGUGGGAGGAGCUAACUUUUCAAGUUUGAUACAGUUUAUCUCCGCUCUAGUUAACGGGCUCACCAUCGGACCGGCGGCAGUACAGGUCGGGUGGGUCCGGUUCGCCACGGGUGUCUCCAACAGGUUCUUUCUGAACACGUACACCACGGCGGAUGCCAUUGUCAAGGACAUAGAUGGACUCAGGAUUACAGGUGGCGGCACGAACAUCAAAGGGGCCUUUCAGGGAGCACGUGUCGCGCAGUUCGUCGCCUCAAAAGGGGCCCGACCAGGGGCCCAGAAGGUGCUCGUGCUCGUGACGUACGGGGCGCAGGAAGGUUUGCAACCGGUGGCGCAGAUUCUGCGCAGCUCUGGUAUUAAGAUCAUCACCUUGGGGAUUACACCCAACGUCGACAGAGCACUGCUGACUAAUAUAUCCGACACGUUCUUCUUCAUUAAGGCAUUCAGCAACCUGUCUUCCGUCCAGCAAGCACUCUUAUCGGCCACCUGCGAAGCAACUAAAGAGCCUCCCCUUCCGUGUAGUUACGGUCCAUGUCUACAUAACGGCACGUGUACUGACUUAGGGACCAGUGAUUUCUCGUGUUCAUGUACGGAGCUAUAUACCGGGUCCAACUGCGAAACAGAAUUCGACCCCUGUAGUUCAGAUCCUUGCCUAAACAACGGCAUGUGCACUUGGCACGAAGCUCUAAAUUACACGUGCGUUUGUACUCAAGGAUAUGUCGGCGAUCACUGUGAAACUGAUAUAGACGAAUGUUUGAUUGGUACAAGCGGAUGCGAACAACAAUGUCAUAACAGCCUCGGAAGUGUUGAAUGCGCAUGCGGCAGCGGAUAUAUGCUAACAUCAGACGGGAAAUCUUGCAACGAUAUUAACGAGUGCAGUAUCGGGUCGGACCAAUGUCAGCAGGUCUGCUUCAACACAGACGGCAGUUACUCCUGCUUCUGCAAUGCGGGUUACACCAAGAACACAGACGGAUUGUCGUGUGACGAUAUGGACGAAUGUUCCAAAGGACUGCAUAACUGCAGCGAUAUUUGCAACAACAUGCCGGGUGGAUUCCGCUGUGCAUGCAAAUCCGGAUAUACACUCACGUCAGAUAACGCAUCAUGCAGUGAUACCGACGAAUGUACCGCCGGCACCGACCUCUGUCAGCAGGAGUGUCAUAACACCGUCGGCAGCUACAACUGUUCCUGUUACAAAGGCUACACGAUAGGCGCAGGUGGCUACAGCUGUGAAGACACGAACGAAUGUUGGCAGACCACGGCCGAAUGUUUCCAGACCUGCACCAAUACCCCCGGAUCAUACACGUGCUCCUGUCGCCAGGGCUACCAGCUACUUCCGGACAACGCCACGUGCGAAGAUAUAAACGAGUGCAGUAUCGGGUCGGACCAAUGUCAGCAGGUCUGCUUCAACAUGGACGGCAGCUAUUCCUGCUUCUGCAACGCGGGCUACAUCAAGAACACAGACGGAUUGUCGUGUGACGAUGUGGACGAAUGCUCCAAAGAAAUGCAUAACUGCAGUGAUAUUUGUAGCAACACACCGGGCGGAUUCCGUUGCACCUGCAAAUCCGGAUAUACACUCAAGUCAGAUAACUCCUCGUGUAGUGACACCGACGAAUGUAUCGCCGGCAUCGACCUCUGUCAGCACGAGUGUCACAACACCGUCGGCAGCUACAACUGUUCCUGUUACCAUGGUUUCGCACUAGGCAUGGAUGGCCAAGUCUGUGAAGAUGUAGACGAAUGUCAGGGUAAGACAGACAACUGUCGUCAAAUCUGCACGAACACAAUCGGCUCCUUCCAGUGCUCGUGCAACGCAGGUUAUACGCUGAAUCAAGACAGCUCCACGUGCAGUGAUACGGAUGAGUGUUUCCUGCGUACCCACGACUGCGCGCAGACUUGCACGAACGUGGUGGCUUCAUACACGUGCAGUUGUGUUGAAGGAUACGAGGCACGUGACGCGGGUCGCAUUUGCAUAGAUGUGAACGAAUGCCUAGCUAAUGCGGACGACUGCGCGCACGAGUGUACGAACACCAACGGAAGCUUCCGUUGCUCAUGUAGAACCGGAUAUGCUCUUGCAAUCGACGGGAAAAGUUGUGACGAUGUUGACGAAUGCGCCAGACAGACGCACGGCUGCGAACAGCAGUGCUCGAACACCGUCGGUAGCUUCGUCUGCUCGUGCCGCACAGGCUUCAGACUCCAGGCCGACAAUAAAACAUGCGCAGAUAUUGACGAGUGCGUAGCGGGCACGAACUUCUGUGCGCACAGGUGUUUUAACCGACCUGGCGGGUAUCAAUGCUCCUGCUUAACCGGAUUUCAGCUACAAGCUGACGAACAUAGCUGUACAGAUAAAGACGAGUGUUUCCUGCGUAUCCACGACUGCGCGCAGACUUGCACGAACGUGGUGGCUUCUUACACGUGCAGUUGUGUUGCAGGCUACGAGGCACGUGACGCGGGUCGCAUUUGCAUAGAUGUGAACGAAUGCCUAGCUAAUAUGGACGACUGCGAGCACGAGUGUACGAACACCAACGGCAGCUUCCGUUGCUCAUGUAGAACCGGAUAUGCUCUUGCAAUCGACCGGAAAAGUUGUGACGAUGUGGACGAAUGCGCCACAGAGACGCACGGCUGCGAACAGCAGUGCUCGAACACCGUCGGUAGCUUCGUCUGCUCGUGCCGCACAGGCUUCAGACUCCAGGCCGACAAUAAAACAUGCGCAGAUAUUGACGAGUGCGUGGCGGGCACGAGCGGCUGUGCGUACACGUGUUUAAACCAACCUGGCGGGUAUCUAUGCUCCUGCUUAACCGGAUUUCAGCUACAAGCAGACGAACAUAGCUGCACAGAUACGGACGAGUGUUUCCUGCGUACCCACGACUGCGCGCAGACUUGCACGAACGUGGUGGCUUCAUACACGUGCAGUUGUGCUGCAGGCUACGAGGCACGUGACGCGGGUCGGAUUUGCAUAGAUAUUGACGAGUGCGUGGCGGGCACGAGCGGCUGUGCGCACACGUGUUUAAACCAACCUGGUGGGUAUCAAUGCGCCUGUUUAACCGGAUUUCAGCUACAAGCAGACGAACAUAGCUGCACAGAUACGGACGAGUGUUUCCUGCGAAUCCACGACUGCGCGCAGACUUGCACGAACGUGGUGACUUCAUUCACGUGCAGUUGUGUUGCAGGCUACGAGGCACGUGACGCGGGUCGCACUUGCAUAGAUGUGAACGAAUGCCUAUCUAAUACGGACGACUGCGCGCACGUGUGUAUGAACACCAACGGCAGCUUUCGUUGCUCCUGUAGAACCGGAUAUGGUCUUGCAAUCGACGGGAAAAGUUGUGACGAUGUUGACGAAUGCGCCAGACAGACGCACGGCUGCCAACAGCAGUGCUCGAACACCGUCGGUAGCUUCGUCUGCUCGUGCCGCACAGGCUUCCGACUCCAGGCCGACAAUAAAACAUGCGCAGAUAUUGACGAGUGCAUGACAGGCAUGAGCGGCUGUGCGCACAAGUGUUCUAACCGACCUGGCGGGUAUCAAUGCUCCUGUUUAACCGGAUUUCAGCUACAAGCAGACGAACAUAGCUGCACAGAUGUUGACGAAUGCGCCAGACAGACGCACGGCUGCCAACAGCAGUGCUCGAACACCGUCGGUAGCUUCGUCUGCUCGUGUCGCACAGGCUUCCAACUCCAGGCCGACAAUAAAACAUGCGCAGAUAUUGACGAGUGCAUGACAGGCAUGAGCGGCUGUGCGCACAAGUGUUCUAACCGACCUGGCGGGUAUCAAUGCUCCUGUGUAACCGGAUUUCAGCUACAAGCAGACGAACAUAGCUGCACAGAUGUUGACGAAUGCGCCAGACAGACGCACGGCUGCCAACAGCAGUGCUCGAACACCGUCGGUAGCUUCGUCUGCUCGUGUCGCACAGGCUUCCAACUCCAGGCCGACAAUAAAACAUGCGCAGAUAUUGACGAGUGCAUGACAGGCAUGAGCGGCUGUGCGCACGAGUGUUCUAACCGACCUGGCGGGUAUCAAUGCUCCUGUUUAACCGGAUUUCAGCUACAAGCAGACGAACAUAGCUGCACAGAUGUUGACGAAUGCACCAGACAGACGCACGGCUGCCAACAGCAGUGCUCGAACACCGUCGGUAGCUUCGUCUGCUCGUGUCGCACAGGCUUCCAACUCCAGGCCGACAAUAAAACAUGCGCAGAUAUUGACGAGUGCAUGACAGGCAUGAGCGGCUGUGCGCACAAGUGUUCUAACCGACCUAGCGGGUAUCAAUGCUCCUGUUUAGCCGGAUUUCAGCUACAAGCAGACGAACAUAGCUGCACAGAUGUUGACGAAUGCGCCAGCCAGACGCACGGCUGCCAACUGCAGUGCUCGAACACCGUCGGUAGCUUCGUCUGCUCGUGCCGCACAGGCUUCCGACUACAGGCCGACAAUAAAACAUGCGCAGGCUUUCUUAGAUGCCAUUGUCGUGAACACGAGCAAUGUAAGGCAGACGGGUGGUCAUGUAAUGGCGAGUGCGCACCGGGAAUGUUCGGACCAGGAUGUCAAUACGUUGAUAUCGCACACGAGCCUCCCAAAAUGGCAAGACAUUCGUCCAACCAAAAGUAUGUAACUGAUUAUAAAUAUGCUCCUGCGGCUGUGGACUAUGACGCCGACACGUGCAGUGAAACAGGCAACGAAACCGGGUAUCAAUGGUGGAGAAAGUCGUUCCCUUACAAGGUCACAUUCACAUACAUCGAGUUUCACUUGCAAGCGGAACAUGCAGCAUUCAUGUCACACUAUCGAGUAAGUGUUGCGAAUGUUUCUGACUGGAACGACAGAAACGAGUGGCCAAAGGACAUAACUUGUUACGAGACUCUUGUUAAUGACUCCCGUUAUCCACGAACCAGAGAUAAUCGAGCCGUAUUAGGUGUGUUCUGUAACCAGCCCGUGGUGGGAAACACCAUUCGCAUUGAGCUGAGGAGAUCCCAUACACAGCUUGUUCUGUGCGACGUGUAUAUCAGUCAAGAUCCAGCAAAAUACCCACCCAAUGAGCUGAAAACCAAUUCGUUUGCGUGCGAGAACAGAUUCGUGAACCUGUAUUGCAAGGAGGGUCAUAUCCGUGUGCUGCUCGCAAACUAUGGAAGAUUCAGCCGCAACGUCUGUGGGAAGAAUGGCAUUGACAGAGACUGGAACGUCCAGUGUAGCGCGAAGGACUCCAUACGCAUUGUUUCGGAAAGGUGCGAUCAUAAACGAUCAUGUGAUGUACAGGCCUCAAAUGCCAUAUUUGGUGACCCUUGCCCAUUCACCCCAAAAUAUCUGGAGAUUGAAUAUUUCUGUUAUCAUGCUGGUUGUGUUAAACCUGAAGGCGAUUUAGUCAAUAUGGAAAAGCAGUUCUAUGAUGACGGUGAGACUAUCAGUAUAACCGAUAGGAACUGUGAAACUGGAUACGUUCCGAGUUCCGGAGACAUAACACUUACCUGCAGAAGUGGACAAUGGUCGAAGGAAAUAAGCUGUGUGCCAGCUACCAAUUAUAAAAUAUGCGUUGUCACUGCUGAUACAUUUGGAGCCGGUACAGACGGAAACGUGUACAUUAGGCUGAAAGGAACAGCUGGGGACACUGGGAAUAUAGGGCUUCCUGGACGAUUCGAUCGAAAAAGCACUGAAUACCAAAACAUGUUCCUUCCUGAUGUAGGAACUAUCAUAUCAGUUGAUAUUGGAGUUACAAGGCGCACAUUUUUGGACGGAUGGAUACCCAGUCAAGUGACUGUAUAUGAUCAACUGCGAAAUCAGAUUUACUUGUUUCAACAUGAUGAAACUGAAUUGGAAAAUAGAUCAGUAACACUUCAACGGAAAGGAUGUGUUUUUUCAUAUACGGUGGAAAGUGGAUAUAUCACGGAAACAGGACAAGAUUUUAAGUACAAAUACGGUAUCAAUACGGUCUUCGAGUGUGUGAUAUUCUGUUUUGAUAAUAACUGUGUUCAAGCUGAGUACCGGAGUGGGGACAAAUAUUGUGGAAUUCAAACACGUAUCAAGAAGCGUGUAAUUAAAAGGACUGAUGAUGCAAUUCUUAUGAUUACACUGCACUGUAUGGAAACGUGACACUCAAAUAUAUACACGAAACAUUAUGUGUUGGCACAAUUUGAUAAAAAUCGAACAACUAAACCCUCAAAAAGAUACAUGUGAGGAAAGGAACCCUACUAGCCAAGCUAUCGUUCCAAUCCUAUAAGCUUGAGAUGCUUGUAACUUAUGUUAUAAAACACAUUCGUGAAUAAAUAUGUUUAAACCAAUAAGAUAAAUGGGUACAUAUUGAUUUUACCUCAAAUUUUAGGGUAUAUUAUUUAUGACAUCUUUGGCUUGUUUGUCUGAAUUAUAUUGCUAACAUGUUGAACUGCUUUUUAGUAACAAAAAAUUUAACCAAUGAAAUCCUGUAAGUAAAUGUAUGUUCAGAAAUAUUUGUAUACUUAACUGUUGAAACGCUUUUAUCAGAAAUGCGACAUAAUUGUUUUUAAUGUAAAACUUUUAUUGCGGUUGUAUUGUACGAUUUAUUCUUGGCAAAAGGUUUUUUGUGUGCGUUUUGAGGCAAAUAUUUUAAUCAAUUGAAAACUUCAUGCGUACAAUUUCAUUAAAGCAUCCGUAUAGAAUGAAAUUGUUUGUGCGUAUUCAUUUUUUUUGUUCCUUUUACAAUGUAUGAGUUAUGCAAUAUAUCAUGAUUAUCGAGAUAAUAAACGAAUGUGCUCACAAUAUAAGCGAGCAUGCCUUUACAUACAUAUGAACGUUAUAAUUAAAUGAAGCAUGUAGGCAAACGGUAUUGAACAAUCAGAGGCUUAUUAGCAAGUUCUUCUGCUUCAUAGUCAGAAUGAUGGUGCGUUGAACAAAAAUACAUUAUGAUUAUUGUAAUAACAUUAUUGUCGAAAAAGUAAAAACAUGCCACACAAUAA